ACCGGCUCAGCUCGGGAAGGGGCGAAGAAAGGAACUAGUCCUGGCCAGCCCGCUCCCGGGGCCGUGCGACGGGACCUCCCUCCCUCUCCCCUCCCACACAGCGGCGGGGACAGCCCUUCCCGCCCACUCCCGAUUUAUGGCACACACCAUGGUGCAUCUGUGCUGGAAGCUGUCUGUCUGCUUUUUCUUCUAUCAAGCUGUCUCAGGAAGAGUCAGGAGGGAGGGGCAUUAUGUUGCCGCCGUGUAUGAGCACGAGUCCAUCCUGAGCCCCAACCCCACAGCCCUGGUGGAUCGGCGCUCCGCGCUGGAGCUCAUGGGCAAGAACCUCGACAUCUACGAGCAGCAAGCGGUGGCUGCUGCCAGACAGGGGGCACAGAUCAUCGUUUUUCCUGAAGAUGGAAUCCAUGGCUUCAACUUCACCAGGAGCUCCAUUUAUCCUUACUUAGAUUUCGUUCUGCAUUCGCGCUCUGGGAAGUGGAAUCCAUGCAGAGAGCCUUAUUUGUUCAAUGACACAGAGGUUAUUCAGCGUCUGAGCUGCAUGGCACUGAAGAACAAAAUAUUCCUUGUGGCAAACUUAGGAACUAAGCAGCCCUGUGACCACACUGAUCCUCACUGCCCCCCUGAUGGAAGGUACCAGUUCAACACCAACGUGGCGUUCGAUGCUGACGGUGCGUUGGUAGCCACGUACCGCAAACACAACCUGUAUUUCGAAUACGCUUUUGAUACCCCUCCAGAGCCCGACUAUACACACUUUGAUACCCCUUUUGCUGGCAAGUUUGGCAUGUUCACUUGCUUUGAUAUACUCUUUUUUGAGCCUGCAGUGAACCUCAUCAGACAGUACAAUUUGAAACAAAUUGUAUAUCCAACUGCGUGGAUGAACCAGCUCCCGCUCUUGUCCGCUGUAGAAUUUCAACAAGCUUUUGCAACAGCUUUCAGUGUCAAUAUUUUAGCAGCUAAUAUCCACCACCCUACCUUGGGCAUGACAGGGAGUGGGAUAUACACUCCAGUCAAAUCCUUCAUUUACCACAACAUGGAAAGUUAUGGUGGCAAGCUCAUAGUAGCAGAAAUUCCUGUGAUUACCAAGGAUCAUGAAACCAAUUUGGAGAGUAAUGAAAGAUUCAGAGAGAACUUACAUGACUCAUGCAGGACUUUUACGAGCACCUCGCUGGAUGAUCAAGUUUGCUUUAAGGAGCAAGAAGAGACUCCUGGCAGAGUAUCUGAAAAAGGAAAUGAACAGUUACCUCCCCUGUUUUAUGCAGAAAUGAUGUAUGACAACUUUACUUUCGUUCCUGUAUGGGGGGAGAAAGGAGAGCUCCAGGUUUGUGCCAAUACCCUUUGUUGUUACUUAAAUUAUCGGAGAGCUGUUUUAACUGAUGAAUUAUAUGCUUUGGGAGUUUUUGAUGGGCUCCAUACAGUGCAUGGCACAUACUAUGUCCAGGCCUGUGCGUUAGUGAAGUGUGGCGGCCUCAGCUUUAGCUCUUGUGGACAGGAGGUUACAGAUGCCACUGCUCUGAUAGAUUUCCAGCUCUGGGGAAAUAUGAGUACCCCUUACAUCUUUCCUUUGCUGCUGACAUCUGGUAUUACCUUGGACUUUGCUGAUCACAUGGGCUGGAAAAACAACCACUAUUUCAUGAGCAAAAAUAGAACGUCUUCUGGCCUACUGACUGCUGCUCUGUAUGGACGAUGGUAUGAAAAGGACUAGCACAGAUCUUUGAGUCAGAAAACAACUGCCCGUAUGUUCAAAGUAUUUGUCUUAACAGAAGUUGUUGAACAUCCAUACUUCCUAGAGGUCCAGGUGUGUUUGUUACAUGACUCACUGAUUAGGUUCCACAUUCGAAAUGAUAAGCAAAGCACCCUAAGAAGCUGUAAGUACAGUCUGUACUGUGGUAGCUUAUGUCUUACCAGAAGGGAAAGAACUGCCUUGCAAAGAUAAAGGCUUGCUGUAAUUUGGUGAGAUGUUUUAUACUGGGAAAAUAACUCAUUUCAACUGAAUUUGUUCCUUUUAAUUUAAUCCUUUGGUUUUCUGGUGUUCUGGCUUGGAGUACGGAAAUGAAUGGAAUGGAAAACUGUUGCAAGAGAGAAAAAAAAAUAAAGGGAAGGAAGACACAAAUACUGUGCAUGACAUGCAUGAAAAUAUGUAGGUAUACACACAUACAGUUUGUAUGUGCUGAGGUUCUGGUUUCUGGUUAGGGUGCCGUGAUUGUUUUUUUUCUUAGAGUCAAAACCUCACAGCUGAACUCCCAGUUUUUCAUAUGCUUUUAGCAGUAUCUGAAUGUCACAGUUGUAAACAUCCUACAGAGUAUCUAAGCUGUGGAAGAAGAUAUCAAACGAGUGUGAAAAACAAGACUGCAGUAAGACAUAAUUCCCAAGAAAUUAUGUUUACAGAAAACAUCGUCAAUGAAUAUCAACUACAUAUGUUAUGUACUGUUUGAGUACAUUAACUUUCCCUGUUUAAAAGAGAGGUAGGUCAUUUCAAGACUGUUUUGACUUUAAGACAUCUUAGCUAUUGUUUAUGAAUUUAUUCAAGAGGAGUUAUGAGGAGCACAUAACAAACUGAGGGACAGCAAGGCUUUUACGUCAGUGCUUCCUGUACCAGAUGGCAGGUUCGUGCUGCUGAGUGAGGAAAACACACCGUUCUUUUCAAGGGCAAUAACUGAAGUGCUGUAACUGUUCUACUGCAGUGAAGAAACUGGGAAGAGAACAUUCAAAGGAUAUUAAUUUGGGGUUAAAUUCAGACAAGUUAAUGCAUUCUCAAGCAUUAUAAUUGUAUGUGGUCUUAUUGGCUGUUAUGGCUUCCCCUGCUAAUAGCUGUUGAGUAAUGGAAUAAACACAACUGUGCCUUUGGUCCA